AUGAUAAUUAAUGUAUGGAAUCAUCGUCAGACACUAGGGUGCCUCAACAACCCGCCCAAGAACGGCGCCUCGGUCGCCCUCCCGGCCGGCGGGCAGUUCACCGUCGAGCUCGCCCACAACCAGGCGCAGACGAGCCUCUCCUACAACGGCGCGCACGCCUCCGAGUGGCCCGACGGCCAGAGUCACCCGGAAGACUGGCGCGGGCCCGGCAACCCGCCCGACUGCAUCCAGGACGACGGCGCGAUGCAGGCGCACGACCAGGCGACCCGCGGCGGGCACCGCCUCGGCAAGGUCUCGAUGGAGAACCUGGUCGUCCUCUCGAUGCUGGAGCACACGCCGUGGAAGCGGCUGGCGACGUACAAGGUGCCACGGGACCUGCCGGAGUGCCCGCCGGGAGGCUGCUACUGCGCGUGGCUCUGGGUGCCGGACGGCUGCGGGCAGCCGAACAUGUACAUGGCAAAUUACAGGUGCCACGUUACCAACAGCACGUCGAAUAGGCGGCUGGCGGCGGCCAACGCGCCGGUGUACUGCAAGGACGACCAGUCCAAGUGCGUUGCAGGGGCCAAGCAGAUGAUUGCGUGGAAUCAAAAGGAGGGAAACAACUUUGACCUAUGUGAUGAAAAUCGACACUUUCAGCUCGUCGUACCUAUCAAGGCUAGAAAACAUCCGCACUUGCUCAACGCCAUCUUUGCCGUCUCAGCACGGCACCUAAGCCGUCUGCCGCAGUACAAGACACCGCAAGGUAUCCUGUACCAAGGGCAGCUUCUCACCCAACUCGGCAAUAAUGACGCGGUUGAGUACAUGCUCAAAUGCAUCCCAGCAUUCCGCCGGUUUCAUGAAAACGAAGACGACGAUUUCCGCGAAAGCAUCAUUGCCACCGCAGUCAUCCUACGCCAGCUCGAGGAGAUUGAUGACGAGGACGAGGAUGCGGACGACGACGACGACUACCACGUGACGGGAGUGGACGGCCAUCUCCACGAAAAGCAAAUCAACUUCAUGCCCAUUAUCAAUGCUGUGCUUCGCGACCCGGCAUCUCAGGCCAUGUUCGGACACAGGAGCCUCAUCCAAGCCGCGUAUUGGUUUGCUCUGCGACAGGAAAUCUACCACUCCUUCACCCGUCGGAAGCCUCCGCAGCUGGACCUUCCCCCAGAGUACUGGCAAGGCGCGUCCAAUGUGAACAAGUCAGUCAUGCACACUGUCCAGGUAGCGAAAUGGCAUUGGGGUAGGGGAACCGAUGACGAGUUUUUACGCCUGAUGGACCAGCAGAGCUUCCUAGAACACACUGUGCUCACAAACACGAAGCCUCUAUUUGAGAAGCCUGCAGACAAGCGACAGGGCGAAAUCUUCCCAACAAUAUGGUACACUUCGCAUAUUGAGCUGACCAGCAUUCAGCAGUCGCUCAUGGCCCGAUCCGUUCUGGUCUCUGAGAACCCGUUCCUCAAGCAGCAACCCUCUUCGCGCUCUAGCUGGCGCAAGGUCGAGAACGAGGUGCGCAUGCUGAUGCUUGACCUCUGCGGCAUCGCGCUGUGCCAUCCGGCCUGUGCUCCGGCGCUGGUCAACGCAGCGAUUGGCAUCCAGCUCUACGGCGAUUACUUUACAGAUCAGUAUGAGCGGCUGGCGCUUCGCAGCGUGGUGGAAAAGUACCGCGAUGCACAUGCUUGGCCGGUCCGACGGCUUCUCGAAAUGUUUACUACAUGA